AUGGGAGAUGUUGAGGCAGGCAGGAAAAUCUUUGUUCAAAAAUGUGCUCAGUGUCACACAGUGGAAAAGGGUGGAAAACAUAAGACUGGCCCGAAUCUCUGGGGUCUGAUGGGUCGAAAAACGGGACAAGCACCUGGAUAUUCUUAUUCUGAAGCAAACAAAAAUAGAGGUAUUACCUGGAAUGAAACUAGUUUAAUGGAAUAUUUGGAGAACCCUAAAAAAUAUAUCCCUGGGACGAAAAUGAUUUUUGCUGGCCUACGAAAGAAGAGUGAGAGAGAAGCCCUUGUUGCAUAUUUGAAAAAAGCAACAUCCAAAUGA